AUGUCGACCGAGGAGAAACAGAUUCCCGAGGAGCGUCCGGAGAACCCUGAAGAAGGUGGUGACGAUGAGGAGGAAAUCGCGGCGAUGAAGCGACGGGUGGCGGAGAUGGAAUCCGAGGCCGCAAAGCUCCGUGAAAUGCAAGCGACCCUCGACCAGCAAUCUGAAAACCUCCGCGAAGAUAAAGAAGAGAUUGACGCCCGGAGUAUCUUUGUCGGCAAUGUGGAUUACGGUGCCUCUCCUGAGGAAAUCCAGGCGCACUUCCAAAGCUGCGGCUCGAUAAACCGGGUUACGAUCCUUUUGGAUAAGUUUACGGGUCAGCCGAAGGGUAUGCCUACGUCGAAUUUGCAGAGCCCAGUCUGGUGGCCCAACUCUGGUGUUAAACGAAAGUGUGUUCCGUGGUCGCAAUCUGAAGUCGUUCCCAAGCGCACCAACCUGCCGGGCAUGAGCCGGGGCCGCGGACGCGGUGGUUUCCGUGGUCGUGGAUACCGCGGUGGCUUUCCUCGUGGGGGGUACCGCGGUGGAUAUCGUGGCCGGGGACGAGGCUAUGCACCCUACUAG